UUUGACGAUGCCUUUGAAGGGGUAUGUAGUCUCCGCGAUUUCGAAGUUGCAGGACAAGAAGAAGAUCUACCCACUGAGAAGAUUGAAAAUAACUUGCGAAUAUUGAAAGGCAACCUUAAAAAAAGUAAAGCUCGAUAUGCCAAAUCUUUACGAAAAUCUAUAGGCAAGGUUAAAUCUUCAGAACUUUCAUGGCGCGAUCCACUCGCAAGUCAGGUUCUUAGUAGUGAAAUGGAGAUGGUUAAGCAAUUACCAAAAGAAGAGUAUGAGUCUUUCAUGGAGCCGGUAAAAUACAUGCAAGCACCUCUCCCUUCUUCAAUCAAAUCAAUAUGUGAUGAAUUCGUAUCAAACUAUGAUGACGGUACUAUGGAGAUCCCCCCUCAAAAACUUUCACAUGUAAAUUGGCAGGAGAGGGAAGAGGUCCUUAGGAAUAUCGCAGUUAGAAUUCUUGAAACUCUGGGUGAUAUUUGGAAAAACCCAGCUUUUAGCCCUAAAUUCGCUAAAACCCAGAGGACAUAUGUGACGGACGUUAUUGUCCCUAUCAUUCGAGCCACACUAAAAGAUCUACCAAUCGGAAAAUCUGCAUAUAUCAGCACGGCAGAACGUCAAAGUGUGGCUAGCAAAGACAGAAGAGACGAUGAUAGAGUGAAACUGUGGCGGGAACUUAAUGAUGGCUUAUAUUGGGCGAAUAGAGGGUGUAGAUUGAUUGAAAAUGAGUUCGGUAUUCUUGGGUUCCAAGUUGCUGGACAAAAGUUUAAUCUAUAUGUCCUUAUCCGAGAUCAUGAAGAUAUAAGCCGUCUAUUCCUUUUACGAUCUGUAGAUAUCCCGACACAGUAUACAGAUAACGAAAAAACUGUAUAUGAGUUUGUAGAGGCUUUGUUGUUACUACGAAGAAUCUUGAUCGUUGAUCUGUCUUUGCUAUUUAACUCUAGAACGCGGGGUAGUGAUGAAGGUAGUUCGACAGUAUCUUCACCCCCAUCUAAUAAUUAA